UCUUCAGGGAGCAGCUCACGAUCCGAAGCAAGUCAGCCCGUCAGCUGACAAGGGCGGGCCCCAGCGACGGUUCCUCAAGGAAGUUUCAAUAAGUUUAUCUCGCCCGGGUGCUGCCUCGCUGGGGGGUUGCCGUCCUUCAUGCCCAAGCCUGCUCCAGGGGAGCCUGCAUGAGCGGCAAGAACCAGCGGGCGAGAGCCGGGGACGCGCCACGAUGGAGACGUUCAGCUCCAGGAACCUGGCCAUGCAGGCAGAGAAGAAGAUCCUGAGCCGCAUGGCCAGCAAGUCGGUGGUGAACGUGUUCCUGGACGACACCAGUAGCGAGAUCCUGGACGAGCUGUACCGGGUCUCCAAGCUGCACACCCAGAACCGGACCGAGGCCCAGAAGAUCAUCAAGAACCUCAUCAAGGUGGCCGUCAAGAUCAGCGUGCUGUACCGCAACAACCGCUUCAGCCCCGGCGAGCUGGACCUGGCGGAGGAGUUCAAGCGCAAGCUGCACCAGGGCGCCAUGACGGCCGUCAGCUUCUACGAGGUGGACUUCACCUUCGAGCCGGACGUGCUGGCCCAGCUGCUGCAGGACAGCCGGGACUUGCUGCUCCGGCUGGUGGGCCAGCUGGUGGAGAAGCACCUGACGGCCAAGUCCCACGGGCGCAUCCGCCACGUCUUCGACCACUUCGCCAACUGCGACCUGCUCAGCCAGCUCUACAGCCCCGGGGAGCCCUACCGGCCCCAUCUGCAGAAGAUCUGCCAAGGGCUGAACAAGCUGAUAGAGGAGGGGAAGCUGUGAAGUGGAUUGGGAGGGGCCUGGCCUUUCUCCUCCUCCUCAGCCAGCCACAGAUUAUGGGAGUUGGAGGCUUGUAUCCGGCGUGAGCUUGGAAGCACCUCGCUCCCUCUGGUACCUAUGGAAACCUUAGAAGGGCCCUCAGGGUUGUCGGGGAUGGAGAAUUAGAUGAUCCAGCGGGACAGUCGAGACUCAGGCACGGACCAGUUAUGCUCAGGAUGGCCUGCGCUCGCUGCCCCCCACCUCAGUCCUCUCCACAGCCUCGUGGGCUGGCCCGUCUCCAGCUCUCUCUCCCCUUCCGUGACUCUUGCAGAGCUGUUGGUUUUGGACAUGCUCAGCUUGUUGUUUACUAACAUGUUAAGAAGGGAGACGCCACAUCCGGCUCGUCAUGGGGUGGGGUCUGCUGUGCAGGGGCAUGGGGCCGGCCUGGGGUGUCCCGCCUAGGCGCUGCAUCCCUUUGAAAGCUCCACCUCCCCCCAGCCCACCACGGGACAGUAACCUCAAUGCUUCGGUCUGGGAGGCUGGUGGGCGUGCAGGGGUGAGGCUGGGUUCAUUUCCCGCUGCACAGUAUCAGGAGGCUAGAUCAAGUUCCUCCCAAACACGCCCUGUGUCCCUGUCAGGCAGGGACUAGAAUCCCCUCCUCCCCACUCUAGCACCAAGAAAUAGCUGAAUUGGCUGCCCUGAAUACACAGCCUAUGCUCAUCCCAUUUAACCCUCACUAAAGUAAGCCCUUAAGGAACCUGGUGGGGGGGCACACCCCAUGCACUUUCCCAGACUGAGGCCCCCCCCAAAAUUAGAGCUCUGCAGCUCCUCCCUACAGAACCCCCUGGCUCUCUGUUUUGAUUUGGCUGGCACCUUUGCAAAUGGAGAGGUUACAGGUUCAAUUCCCACCAAUGCCCAACCCCCAGGGGUAUGGUAACUACAGGGCUGGGGGAGCGGCUGACUUCCCCCCCCUUCCACGAGCUGCCUUUUAUGGGAGAUGUUAGUCCCCUAAAGCAAAAUCUUCCCUGCAGAUGAACAUCUGCCCUCGUCCCAGUACAGCCAGGUGGGUGUGAAUUAACCAGAGAAAUGUAACUAGCUUUCAGAUCCUCCCAGAGAUCAUUAAAAGCAGGAAAGGACAUUGCACCUUCAACACCCCCUCGGGUGAGGGACUUUGCCACCCCAGCCUCCCUCCCCUCUCAUGGUAUUCUAACAGGGCUCACGUCUUAUCAGCGAUUAGCAGGGCUUGGACAGAAAAGUAAGAACAUAAGAACGGCCGUACUGGGUCAGACCAAAGGUCCAUCCAGCCCAGUAUCCUGUCUGGUGACAGUGGCCAGCACCAGGUGCCCCAGAGAGAACUGAACAGGUAAUG